GCUACCGGGUAAAGGUCUACCAGAAACGGGGAACCUAUAUACUACCCCAAAAAAAAGCAAAAACACGCCACACCAUUGCCGACUUCUAUACAUGAUAAAACUCCAUCAAUUCGAAUCCAAUUUCUGAUUUAAGAAGAUUGGAAUUUGGAAGGAUUUAAUCAUUCAACAAUGGCGGCAACUGAUAAACGUUGUUACUACGAAGUAUUAGACCUCCCACAAAGCUGCACACCAGACGAAAUUCGCAGCGCAUACAAAAAACUCGCACUUCAACGACACCCCGACAAACUUAUGCAAUCAGGGGUCUCUUCCGCUGACGCAACCGCCGCAUUUCAAGAGCUUGUGCGCGCAUACGAGGUUUUAUCCGACCCAAAAGAGCGUUCUUGGUACGAUUCUCAUCGUUCACAAAUCCUGUUUUCUUCACCUUCUGGUAGUAAUUCUGAUUCCCCAUUUCCGGAUUUAUUUUCAUACUUUAGUCCAUCAUGUUACACUGAUUAUAAUGAUCCAAAAACUGGGUUUUAUAAGGUUUAUGGUGAUGUGUUUGAUAAGAUAUAUGCGCAUGAGAUAAAGUUUAGUAAGUUGAUGGGGUUGAGAUUAGGGUUGGUGAAAGAGGCACCUUUGUUGGGGGAUUUGAGGUGUGAUUAUAGUCAGGUGAAUGCGUUUUAUGGGUAUUGGUUGGGGUUUUGUACAGUGAUGGAUUUUGGGUGGGUGGAUGAGUAUGAUGCGGCGGCAGGGGCGAAUAGGAAGUCCAGGAGGGUGAUGGAGGAGGAGAAUAAGAAGUUGAGGAAGAAGGCGAAGAGGGAGUUUAAUGAGACGGUUCGUGGGUUGGCCGAGUUUGUGAAGAAGAGGGAUAAGAGGGUGAUUGAUAUGAUGGUGAGGAAGGAGAAGGAGAGGGAGAAGAAACGCGAGGAGGAGUUGGCGAGAAAGAAGGAGAGAGAGAGGGAGAAGUUGGAGAGGGCGAGGUUAUAUGAGGAGCCGGAUUGGGCUAAGGUUAAGGAGGUGGAGGUUAUUGAGGAGGAGGAGGAGAACGAAGAGGAGGACAGGAAGGAGUUCUAUUGUGCUGCUUGUGGGAAGAAGUUUAAGUCAGAUAAGCAGUGGAGGAAUCAUGAGCAGUCGAAGAAGCAUAAGGAAAAGGUGGCUCAGUUGAGAAAGUCUUUUGUCGAGGAAGAUGGUUUUGAGGAUGUUGAAGAGGUGGAUGUUGAUGAUGAGGUUCAGCAAGAAGAUGAAACUGUAGAGCGUGUGGAAAGGAACACCGAGGACCAGAAAAAUGAGGCACAUGAUGGUUUUGUGUCUGCAGAGGAUGAUGUUGAUGAUUUAGAAGAGAAUUUUAAGGAAAGUGUUGGGCUUGAGGAGGGACGGAGUAGAUAUGAAUUCCUUUCUGAUGACGAAGAUGGCAGUGUUAAUGAUGAAGAGCCUAACGGGAUUGAGGAUUCAGAAGAGAAUCCUAAGGAAAGUGUUGGGCUUGAGGACGGAAGAAGUAGAUAUGAACUCCCUUCUGAUGAUGAAGAUGGCAUUGGUAAUGAUAAAGACCCGAAUGAGGUUGAGCAGUCCACACGUGAAUCCGAUGAUGAGUCGAAUAUUCUUGAAGCCAUGAUCUCUGGCCGUCGGAAUAAGAAACAUGUGACUUUUAAGAAUGAAUCUCUUGAAAGCAAUAAUGCUGAGAGAGAGGAUAAUCUAGAGCCCAUGGAAUAUAAUAACAAAAAAGGCAAAAAGAAGAGCAGAAGAGCCAAGAAAGAGAAAGGCAAUGUUUCUCAUGCUGAAACAACAAGAGCAGGUGAUGGUGAUAUUGAUGUUCAGGUCGAGGAAAACAAUGGGCUCAACACUUCAGAUACCGCAAAUAAUGGGGAUGAUGAUCAAGCAGAUAACAUAGAAGCUAGUAGUAAAGCUGUAAAACAAUCUUUCGGGAAGAAAGAUAAAGGUACCUCUAAGCGAGAUACAGAGGCCAAACAGAAGAAUUCGUCCAAGGGAAGAAAACAAAAGGGAAGUUCUAAAAAUCGUGACCCUGUUUGUGAGAAAUGUGGCGAAGAAUUUGAGUCAAGAAGUAAACUUCACAAGCAUUUGAGUGAGACUGGCCAUGCAUCACUGAAAUCUAGAUGAUGACUGACUUUGACGUCUGUAUAAUAUGAAGAGGACAGCACCAGCCUGCGGAUCAAACUGCAGAAACUCAAAUAUGUUGUAUUGCCGUGUCAGAUUUUAGGAGCAAGAUAUAUGACAAAUUCUGUUGUUUGAGGGCUAGCCUCCCACAAUUAGUGAGAAAAUUUUGAUAUAGCUAAAUUCUUUCUGCCAUAAUUGAUAUUUAUUGGGAUUGUAGUUGUACUUGUGUCAAUGUUAGGAUUCUGAGAAAAGGCAGGCUCUCAGAACACAUUUCUCUACAUGGAAAAUUUAUGUAAUUGAGCUGUAAAGAGGUUCUACUUUAACUUGUCAUGUUUAUCAACACAACUUUGACUA